UCCCAACCAACCCAACUUCUCGCCUACCUCUCGCAAAAAUAUGGCGUCCGAGCAUGGUCGGAGUGUUUCCGCCGUGCGGAGGCUUUGCGUGUGAGAAAUCGCCGGAUUUUUUUGUCACCAACAGCGCGCGCUGGACGGAACCUUCCGGGAUGAUGUAGCCAGCAGCUUGCGACGAACCCGGGUCGCAUGAGACCUACGCGUCUGCGGUGUUCCUAGCGUGUUUUUAAUUUUUUUUUCCGUGCGUGUGUGUGCGUGCAACCAACCACCCAAGUCACCAACCAACUACAUCGGACGCAAAAAACCACCGCCGCCAACAUGACGACUGACAAGAUCAAAGUUGCCGUGCGUGUGCGCCCCAUGAAUCGGCGAGAGGUGGAACUGGGGGCACAAUGCGUUGUCGAGAUGACCGAGGGUCAGACCAUCCUCUACAACAGCAACAAGGGAGAAGGACGGAAACACCCAAAGACAUUUGCCUUCGACCACUGCUUCUGGUCAUUCAACGAAUCAGACACGCACUUUGCCAGCCAGGAGCAGGUCUACUCCUGCCUAGGGACGGACAUCCUGGACAAUGCCUUCCAAGGGUACAACGCCUGCAUUUUUGCCUACGGGCAGACAGGUUCUGGCAAAAGUUACACCAUGAUGGGGACCGCGGACAACAAGGGGGUGAUACCUCGGCUAUGCGACUCGCUCUUCGAGCGCAUCGCCUGCUGCGCAGACCCCAACAUCAGCUACAAGGUGGAGGUGUCCUACAUGGAGAUCUACAACGAGAGGGUCCACGACCUAUUAGACCCCAGGGGUGGGAAGCAGCAUCUAAAAGUUCGGGAACACAACAUUCUUGGUCCAUAUGUUGAUGGUCUUUCAACAUUAGCCGUAUCCUCCUAUGAGGAAAUUAAUAACCUAAUGACAGAAGGCAACAAGUCUCGGACAGUUGCAGCAACUAACAUGAACAGCGAAUCCAGUCGCUCUCACGCAGUAUUCAAUAUCACCCUGACUUGUUUAAUCAGGGACAAUGUCUCCGGGGUCACCGGUGAGAAAGUGUCCAAAAUGAGUCUUGUAGAUUUGGCCGGCAGCGAACGGGCGGUCAAGACUGGUGCCAUCGGGGAUCGUCUAAAAGAAGGUUCCAAUAUCAACAAGUCCCUAACCACAUUGGGAUUAGUCAUUUCCAAGCUAGCCGACCAGUCCUCGGGAAAGGCGAAGGAUUCCUUCGUACCCUACAGGGACUCUGUUCUCACGUGGCUCCUGAAGGACAAUCUGGGAGGCAACAGUCGCACUGUGAUGGUGGCUGCCAUCAGCCCGGCAGCCGACAACUACGAGGAGACCCUCUCAACCCUGAGGUACGCAGACCGGGCCAAGCGUAUCAUCAACCACGCCGUAGUCAACGAAGAUCCCAACGCCCGCAUCAUUCGUGAGCUCCGAGAGGAAGUGGAGAUGCUCAGGGAUCAGCUCAAGCACGCCACGGUGCGCACGCCAGAAGGUCUGAGUGAACGUCUACGGGAGUCAGAAACCCUGAUGCAAGAGAUCUCACAGACCUGGGAAGAGAAGCUGCGCAAGACAGAAAAGAUCCAUCAGGAAAGACAGCAAGCCCUGGAAAAGAUGGGCAUCUCGGUCCAGGCGUCGGGCAUCAAGGUCGAAAACGACAAGUACUACAUGGUCAACUUGAACGCUGACCCUUCGCUCAACGAACUGCUUGUCUACUACAUGAAGGAGAGGACACUGGUGGGACGUCCUGACGCACCGUCCGAGCAGGACAUUCAACUCAGCGGACUGGGAAUCAUGCCCGAGCACUGCAUUAUCACCAUCGAAGGUCCUGAACUGUAUAUAAUGCCACUUGAAGGCGCAAGGACGUGCGUGAACGGGUCAGCCAUCGUGUCCAAGACACAGCUCCACCAUGGUGACCGAGUGCUCUGGGGCAACAAUCACUUCUUCAGGGUCAACUGCCCACGAAUGCAGACAGCCGGUGCAUUGGAGACGCCCAUUCUCGACCGGCCCAUCGACUACGAAUUUGCCCGUGAGGAAAUAAUGAUGAAGGAACUGGUGAACGAUCCCAUCCAGGCAGCUAUGCAAUCUCUCGAGAAGCAGCACGAGGAAGACAAGCACAACGCCCUGGAGAAGCAGCGUCAGAUGUACGAGCGGCAGCUGCAGCUGCUGCGCAACCAGAUGUCGCCGUCCACGCCGUACGCACCCUACCUGCCCUUUGACCCGCUGGGGGCCAAGGCGGCUUCCUCGGGACUGCCCAGCCCCAGCGUCGCCUCGCGCAUGGAGCGGUGGGCCAAGGAGAGGGAUGAGCUGUUCAAGAAGAGCCUGGCCAAACUGCGGGAGGACAUAGUGCGGGCCAACGCUCUUGUCCGGGAGGCCAACUUCUUGGCCGAGGAGAUGGGCAAGCACACGGAGUUCAAGGUCACCCUGCAGAUACCGGCCGCCAACCUGAGCCCCAAUCGGAAGAAGAGUGCGUUUGUGAGCGAGCCAGCCAUCCUGGUGAAACGCAAGAAAGAGGGCAGCCAGGUGUGGUCCAUGGAGAAGCUUGAGAACAAGAUCAUCGACAUGCGGGAGAUGUACGAGGACCGGAAGGAGAGGCCGCCGUCCCUCAAGGACGACAAGGAAACCACAUCACCGAGCCUCGACCCUUUCUACGAGUCGCAAGAGAACCACAACCUCAUUGGCGUCGCCAACGUGUUCCUAGAGGUGCUGUUCCACAAUGUGCGCCUCAGCUAUCAUGUGCCUAUCAUCAGUCAGCAAGGGGAGAUUGCAGGCCGCCUGCACGUUGAAAUUAGCAAGACGGAUGGUGUGCUGCCUGAUCGAAGCGGUGACCUGGACGGAAGUUUUCGGGGAUCUCUCCUCGACAUCUCGGAUGAAAGUUCAGGCAGACAGGUCACUGUCCGGGUUGCCAUCAAGAGUGCAGUGGGCCUGCCGCCAUCCCUGUCCAACUUCGUCUUCUGCCAGUAUACGUUUUGGGGCCAUACCGAGGCCGUUGUGGUGGCACCCGUAGUGGACACUGACGCCAAGCCGGGCUCGCCCGGCAACUCUAACAUCGCCUUCAAGUUCAAUCACGUACAGGAUCAUGUGGUACCCGUGACAGAGGAGUUUGUCGAGCACUGCGCCGAGGGUGCCCUUUCCAUCGAAGUGUGGGGCCACCGGAGCACGGGCUUCACUAGCUCUGGACACGGCUGGGACCUCACCACGGGCGGGCCCCAGUCCCACAUUUCGCAUUCCCUGGUGGACAGGUGGUCGGAGUUGAAGCGCAAGCUGGAGCUGUGGUUGGAGAUCCACGAGCUGACGGAGCAGGGCGAGUACGCGCCCGUCGAGGUGGUGCCCCGGGGCGACGUGGGCACGGGCGGGGUGUUCCAGCUCCGCCAGGGUCAGCAGCGUCGUCUGGUGGUGCGCGUGGCCCCCGUGGUCCGCUCGGGCACCCUGCCCCUCAUCUGCCAACACAUCGGCUCCGUCAGCGUGGGCGCCGUCUGCAUCCGCUCGCGCCUCCAGCGGCCCCUCGACUCAUACCAGGACGAUGACCUCGGUGUGUUGCGAGAACGAUGGUGUGACGCCUUGAGUCGGCGUUCCGAGUAUUUGGCUGAGCACCUCAAGAAGAUCACCGACAAGCCAGUCAAGUCUGACGAAGACGCUGACCGUGAGAAGAGCUUGAUCAACCAGUGGCUGCUCCUGACUGAAGAAAAGAACGCAGUCCUGGCACCGCAGCCAGGAUCGGACAUUCCUGGCGCUCCCGCAAACUGGGAACCUCCGGUGGGGAUGGAAAACCAUGUACCUGUUAUCUUCUUAGACUUGAGUGAUGACAUGAGCGUGCCCAACUCCGGUGAGAACGGGCUUCAGGUUGCCGGCGCCAACUCCAUCCUACCCAAGGAGCAGAACAACUCGUCGCCGCUGUUCAACCUGCCAAUUGUGAAACACUUCGAUAAAGAGGUGUGUGCCGUGGCAGCGUGGGACUCGUCCAUCCACGACUCCAUGCACCUGAACGCCCUGACGUCGCCCAACGACCGCAUUUACCUCAUCCUCAAGGUGUCCGUGCGGCUGAGCCAUCCCGCUGUGAUGGACCUCAUUCUGCGGAAGCGCUUUGCCAUCAACGUCUACAAGAAGCAGUCGCUCACUGAAAAGAUACGCAAGAGGAUCAGCAGACAGGACGUCUACUUCGCAUCCGGAGUAACGUAUGAAAUUGUUGCCAGCAUACCAAAGGCUUUUGAAGACUUGGAGGGUCGGGAAUCCCUGGCCCUGAUGGCCGCUUCCGGCGGGGACAGCGAGAUGGGCGACGGCGAAAGCUACAUUGAGAAGUACACUCGCGGGGUUUCGGCUGUCGAGAGCAUCCUUACCCUGGAUCGCCUACGUCAGGAAGUGGCCGUGAAGGAGUUGCUGGCAGCCCAAGGACGGCUGCUGCGCAAGACAGCCAGCGUGCCCAACAUCGCGCAGGUCAUGCGCACCUCGGAUGCUGGCUCCCCGCUGCGGCCAGACGAGGCAGCACCGCACCGAUCGGACUCCGUCAUCAAUCUGGCAUCGUCUUCGCUCAGCGAGGGUCUCGACCGGUUCCUCAGUGAGGGAAAAAGCGCUGCAAUCUCAAGCCUCGCACGACCCACAUUCCUCAACCUAAACUUCAAUCUAAACUUGAGCUUGCGGCAGGCGGCGGGUGCCAAAACCUCCUCCUUGGCUGUCCUGAGCCCGCAGCCAACCAAGUUUGUGAAGCCCAUGCGUACGGUCAUUGAGGAGCAGACUCAGCAUCGGGAAGCGCAGCCCUUGUUGCUGGAAGACGACGAUGAGCAGUCUGAAGACGAGGAGAGGCCGACGGCGAUGGCACAUAGCAGGAUGGAAGCGGAGGCUGCAGCGGCAGACACCGCCGCCCCGGAGGUCAAGAACGAGCAAACCGCAACGUCUCCCGUGCCAGAUAUAGCCGAGAAAGCAGCAGAGGAAGAGAGCGGUCGCGUGCCGGAGUCCAAGGACAAGGACCAAGGGGAGGAGUUCACGGAGUUCAAGUCCUACUGGGCGGCCGGCAAAGACGAGGAGGUGAAGUCUGAGGGCAGCGACGAUCGGCAGCCGAAACCCGCCGCCGCCAUGACUCACUCCAUCACGAGCGACGGCAUCGCCGACCUCGUGGGCAAGAUGGCCACUCCACCGAGCAUGGUGUCCAGCGGUUAUGGGUCACAGGCCUUGUCCUCGACACCGCUCUCCAGCGAGGACUCUGGGUCACUCCGGAGUGUCGGGGGAAACGAAGACGCUGGCACCCCGGACCUGGUGGAUCCGAGGCCUGUGGCAGCUGCCGACAGCCAGUCCAACACGAGUUGCGACAAGCCACAGGAGAAAUCGGAUGGCGCCGCGGAAAGAGCCAAAGACCGCCAAGAAGCCAACCAGAACCACCUAGACAACAUCGACGAAGCGGGGGAGAAGAGCUGCCGCGUCCAAAACAUUAAAAGUACAAUCGCAGAGGACAAGCUGCCUGCCGCACCUACAGUUCAAGAAAAUAGAAACCUGCCACCUGUCGCCACCUCCGAAAUGCAGAGUUUGUCACCGGACGCUGCCGUCAUUGGCCUGACCCAAAUAGUGCAGCGAAGGUCCCAACCCGCUUCGGGCCAGCCCGAGCACAGGCAGUCCUAUCCGGCCGCCAGCACUCCGGCCAGCAUAGACAUGUCCAGUUCAGUGCCUGAGCUCAACCUGCCACGGUCCGGCUCACCGGCCGACGGCAUCGGCCACACCUCCUCGUCCUCGUCCGACGAAAACCUCUCUGCCAGUACGGCCAGUGACGAGGCACUAGACACUUCCUCAACAGUCGAUUGGACGGCCCCCGCGUGGAUGGUGCUGGGCGAGAGCGUCAUGAUCAGCCCGUACAACAAGACGGGCGUGGUCUCCUUUCUGGGGCCAACGCAGUUUUCGCCCGGUCUCUGGGUCGGUGUGGAGUUGGACACUCCAACAGGGCGCAAUGAUGGCACUGUGGGAGGUGUGCGAUACUUUGAGUGCAAGCCCAAGUAUGGAGUGUUCGUGAGGCCCGACAAGCUGGUGCUGGACAAGAGGGGCCGCAUGGUACGACAGAGCCGGGCUUCCGCGGCUGCCACCGCUUCUGCCAAGGGAACUGGUCGGGACAGCAUCAUGUCGAGAAGCAUGGGCAGCCUGCAGAGCAGCCGGGUGUUACUAGGGUCGACGGAGAAUGUCGCUCGACGGGGCAGCGGCGUAUCCUCCGAGAUGAUCCGGUCCACUACUUCAAGGUCCAGCCCCCGCUCCCACAAGUGAGGAGGAGACUGCCCACAGCAGCAGAGCCAGCCUAGGCAUUCACUGACGAAGCAUACAUGCAUCGCGUCCACUGAAACCCCCGGCCGCUCCCCUCCUGCCACCCGCCGCAAUUUUCUGUGAUGGUUCCUUCACGGCAUUGCCCUGUUUUUGUUGUUGGAUUCUUCUUGUUUUGUUUUUCUUUUCUCUUCUCUUAACCUUCAUGUACACCUCGAUGCUGUGACUUCUGUUCGGUUCGGCGGUUUUUAAAGAAUUCAGCCCGUAUUGCCGACUUCCUAAUGCUCGGACCUCGCACGGCAUUCGCGUACUGUAGCUUUGUUUUUUCUCGUACAGGACCACGUUCGGCCUCAGUACUUGCCCAAUUUGCCCAGCGACAGUAGACGAGAAUCACCGUCGUCCGCAAAUGUCCGGCCGACGCGGAAAAGAACUGUCAUCGAAAACACGGCGGAUGACGGAGCGGUUCCGUCGAGCAAAUGGUCCAGCACCACCGUCCGCUGGUAGGAGGAAACAAGGGGAUGUAGUUCUCGUGCGAGAUUCAAGCGCUAGCACGGCGUAACGACGAAAUAACUUGUUUGACGUCCGUUGAACCGAGUACACAGGUCACGGCAUUUUGGCGUUUUAUUUGCUCACUGUUUUGGAGGAGGAAGAGAGGGAAAGCUGCAUCGCGACGCUGACUCUGCGGAAGCGUGAGUUGUGCAAUGAUGUCGACUUCCGCAGGACAGCCCGUCACACUACGCGACUGGGCUUGAAAUGCAGCUCAACGCAUAGCCGUGCGAAGGAAACCGCGUGUGGCAGGUGUGGGGGAGCCGACGUCCACUGUGCCGGAUUAUUACGUCAUCCCUUUGUACAUGUUCCCCUUCGCAUUUGUUCAUAAGUGUACACCGAUCCCAGCCCCCAUCCCCCUCGAGUGUUCCUUCUCGUGUUCGCAUGUUCUUUCUUCGAUUUCUUUUUCUUCUGUGCUGCUCGAGGCGGUUGUAAUCUCUUGCAAUGCCUUUUGAAAGUUUUUUGCGGCAACCACUCGGAGCGCAUUUCCUGUGUGGAAUCAUCACCACAGUGCCAUGCUAUGCCAUGGCGUCUGUCGUAAAGCUGCGCAAUGACCGAGCUGUUAAUCUGAGCCACAAUGCAAGGGCUCACCUGAUAGCAUAAAUUUUUGCUACCGAAAAUUACUCAAGAAAAGCCUGGCACCGCAGUUCAACUACCAAGGGAGCGGUGGUUUGUGAGUGAAUUUUUUUACGAUUUGGCUUGGCUUUCUGAGACAUAGCAAACUGCAGCUUUUUUUAUUUUUUGUCGAGUCCAGCUGCGUUGCAUGCCAGUUGCACAUCGUUUAAUUAGAGUAGAGAAGAGCAUUUUAUCUUUAUGACUACUUCACUCUUAUGUAAUUUAUAGACAACAUAAGUUGCGACACUCUUGAGUAUGCGUGCCGCUCGACUGAGACUGCUUUAGAGCUGUGGCAGUCAUUGUGUGUGACUGCUGUUAUAUGUUUUAGCGACGUAUAUUUAUACCUACCAUUUUCAACACAGUAUCAUUGUAGGGAUUGGAUCAAUAAUCAUUGCCAUUCAGCAGAUUUGAGAUGCCACCGUUAGGUCAAAACAAGAGGCCAGGAGGUCGUUUAACGUUUAAGGAAACUAAGUUUAGGCAAACCCAUCUAUCAGUCUAUUCCCUUGCACUGUGCUAGAAAUGUAGUACGCACAGAAAAUAACAAGAUUUAUUUUCUAGUAAUCUUAACGCGAAACUCUUAUUGCAAUUAGGACAGAUUUCAGCGAUCGUAACAGCGCAGUCAUCACGAAGCGUGAAACAGAUGCGUCGACCCCAAUAGGCACUGAGCCUCUCAAAAGACACAGGAAAUGCGCUCCACAUCGUUAACGCCUUUUAUCCUUUUUCACGAAGUCCGCCGUUCGUCGAAAGGGGGACGCAACAAGUCAUUACGGCCGCAACGGCUGUCUGUUGCCUGAUCUUCCCUCGAAUUGUUCAUUUCUCACCUGGUUAAACCGACUGUAACCUGCGUUAUUUCUUCCGAGGAGAGGUUGGUCUGCCGUUCACAUGUGUAUUGCAUCAAGGUUUCACUGCGUAUUUGCUGGAACGGUUUUUGCCAGAAAGAGAGAACGUUUUUUGUGCUUGUUGCAGCAAGCUUGCCGUUUGUGGAGGCCAGUAAUGGAUUUAACCCUUUUGCUGUCUUUAAAUUUCGACUUUCCGAAACUGCUCCCACGCUCGCGGGUUUCUCUUUAAAUCGUUAUUUUUCUUUUUCAUUUUCGUCGAGUACGUUGUUGUGAUCAAGAUGUGUCGGAACACUCUCCUUCUUACGGUAAACGACGAGUUCCUGUUCUGAGUGAGUCCUGUUAUCUUUAUUUUUUUUCCUAGGUGCAUUUUCUUUCGGUGUAACUCUGUUUUGUUCCCAAAGAUUUCUAGGUUUUUUUUUUUUUGCAUCUCUUGUUAAAGCUGUUUUGUUUGGUUGUAUAUUACAGAGGUAUAUUGUCCACAUAUAGGCAUAGUUUAGAAAAGUAUAUACACGUAUUGUGUACAUGGCGCACGAGUAGAUUUCGCAUGCAGUUUUAUCUUUACAUCUGCCACCGUGCUUUUCGAAGUGUACUAUAUAGAAAAAAUACGAAAGCGUCGACGCUCGCGGUUGAGAAAUAAAUGGACGAGGCGGGCGUCCGCGCUUUUCGCGUUUACUUGUUUUUCGCCGCACGUUUAGCACGUUGUUUCCAAGGCACACCGGUGUGAUAUUAAGGGAAAGUGACGUCGUUUUCUUUUUUUUUUAACUCUCUGUCACGGUUAAGGUCCAUUUUUCAUUCAUUCCGGUUCCUUUCUGAUCUGAUUGGAACACACCGAGAGACACCCAUUCUUCCUCAUUUCAUUGGUGAAAAGAAAAUGCUUUGUUUGUAUUCAAACGUAGCUAAAGUUCUGAUCUUUGCUGCAAGUAUUGUUGACCCUUAAAAAGAAACUAAAAUAACAGCGUGCCUCUUUGCGGAGAUUUGAAGCCGGUUACUCCUUUGUCCAAAAAAAGUAUUUGUUUAUUUUUCGACGCUGUUGCAGAGACAUCAUGGCGCGAGUUGUUCGGUCCUGAGUUGUUGGGUGCGAGAAAAAAAGGGUAUUUGUAGAAGCGUAAGGUAUCGAUAAACAUGAGGAUGCUUUCGUACAGUGCAUAGCACUUCGCAGCCUUGGCACUAGCAAGGACUGAAAGCAAUACAGCUGGCUGAUGACUAUCGUGUAUAAGUGUGAAAAGAAAGAUUUUUUUUUUAUUGCGUUGAGUUGACUUUUUUUUCGCUCAACAAACUUCCAUCGGAGGACUUCUCCGCAAAUAAGAGAGCUCACAUGUAUGUGUGUACGCUUUUUGUGCAUUCCCACUUGACAAAAAGAGACAUUCCAUGACGUAUGCACCGUUCCGCGGUUACGUUGUCCUUGCAUAGUUUGAACGCGACUGCUUUUAAACUUGACCCCCAAUCGCUUUCUUGCUUGGGCGAAGUGUUUCUCUUUUAGCGCAGACUGCCUGCUGUGCGUUUCGUUGUGCAGAAUGUGAUCAGUCUCUUUUGGCAACCAGAGCUUUGUUCUUGCCAAGCUUUCUUGGGAUGCCACUCGUUCGCUGGAACGUCACACGAAGGUUGUUGUACUCUGGACCACGCUGUAUCUCUUAUUGUGUUUAUUUGUCGAAAAGCUUAGGCCAUUUGAAGGUCCUUACUUUGAAACCUGGCAAACAUGUUUUUGUGAAGUUUUACUUUCAAGACAGCAUUGUGUGUAAGCCUGAAAGGUCAACUGUAGCGAUACCUUGCGUGAUGCAAAAACACAAUUUUAAUGAUAUCACAGUUAUGGAGAGGGAAGGCUUAGUGCAAAUCUUUCUGUGUACAAAAUGCAAAUACUAAAGGAAAGACAAGUUGCAUAUUUUGGAAGCAUCAAAUGUAAGCCUCAGUAGCUGAAUGCAGUGACACUUUACGUCAUGUAAGAAAUCUGUGCAGCAGUAUUUGUGAAUGCACGCACGUAACACAAGUUCUUUGUGCGACUGCUCUUCCAAGACGUCUUUCACGUAUUUGAAAGGCAAAAGGAUAGCAUUGUGACAGCUGCUACUGUGCCGCAUGCAAUGUCAUGUCCACAUUAUGUUGUAGCUGUGCAGAACAGGCACAGAAUAGCGGGAAAGCCGUCAAAAAUUUGUAGUCAAUAAUCGUAUGACUUUGCCCCUGUUAGUGCUUCGGUGAUGUUCUCUAACCGUUUUCAUCAGAUUGAGCUCGCGUAAGACGUCGCUGCCGUUGGCCUUGUGUGCAGCUUCUGUAUAAAGCGUUAGGUCUAUGACCGUUCUGAUCACAUACACACACACACAAUAAAAUGAAAUAUACUGUCCAAUGUGUGUGCAUAUAAUAGGAGUCACUUCAUCAUUUUAUCACGUCAUCUGGUAAAACCUACCACUUCAGGUGGCCGUUGCUGGUCCUGCAUGUUUUCAGCGGUUAUUUAGUUGAGCUCCGUUUUCCAGUGAAAUUACAAAAAUCACUGGUAUAGCACAUUUUUGGGCUGUCUCAGCAUCUUGGCAUAUUUUUUCCCCAUGCACUGCUAGUCCGGAGAGCGAGGCAGAGUAGCUGUUGAAGCUGCAACAGCUAAGCCUAACCGUAUUUAUUGGGCACGUAUACCGUCUCGGUUGUGAUCAUUCACAGACUGUCCGUUUAUCAUGCUUCGUCUUAGCUCUUAUGCAUUAGAGGGACACGCCUGGCGGGUUUGACAAACGAAGAAAGACUGCCGUGUGCGUGUCCUAUGUUAUCUGGAGAAAAUCCGGACAGCUUGCGCUUUCUUCGCUUUUAGCCUCCCCUUAGAAGCAAAUGUCGUGCACAAAAAAAAAAGUCAUUUCUAGCAGCAGGCAGUAAAUUGUUUCCUCUCUCUCCUAGCUUACACGAAAAGUCAUGCAGUUCACGUGCGAGUGAGUCAUAGUCCACAACGUAUAAUCAAAACAAACCUAAUCAUUACUUUGUUUCCUUUGGUGCACUACUGUGGCGAUUAAAAAGUGUACAUCAUGUUGCUGACGGAUGUCCUUGCUGCUGGCCUACUAAGUCCAUCAAAUUUGGUCAAGGAUCCAUGUAGAAUAAAAUACCUACAACAUAGUUUCAAA